AUGAUUUUAAACGAAGAUGGCAGUACCGAUAUAUCCCUGCUGUUAAAAUUCGACCAGGAUCAUUGGCAAACCCUGAAGGACUACACAACAUCAAACACUGCACUGACUGAAGAUAUGUUUCGCCGUGCAGUUGCCUAUGUAGAAGAAGCUGUUUACAAACCUUCUCUUGCACAGAAAGUUGCUAUAGCAUGGAGUGAAUAUAUUCAGUCGUUAUUCAUAGAAUACAAGACUUAUAUCACAUGGUGUUGUGGAGGUUUAGCAGCAUUUGGUGUGUUGUUUUGGCUGUGGAUGCACAUGUCUCAUAAACAUGUUAUCAUACUAGUCAUUGCUGCAUUGUAUCUUUAUGAAGUAGUCAUAUCAUAUAAGGAAGCAGAGAAACAAGAACUGGACAGAUUUCUAUCAGCUGUAAAUAAAUGCAGCUGGCAUUUUUGGAAAUCUUCAUGUGAAGUCCCUCCACCUGAUCCUAUAAUAUUCAUGAAGCACAUGAAUCCACUAAAAAUUGGCAUUAGAAUGUUCACCACAUUUCUGUCUGAACCUAUGUUGGUGCUGAGUAGUACAGUCAACACAAUGAUAAAUGAAAUCACAGGUGGACUCUGGUUCCCGCUGGAUGUUAUAUUACACUGUAUAUUAAUUAUAUCUAUAAAUAUUAUGCUGAUAGUAUUGCUAGUCAUGAUUAUUUUUAAUUACAUACUUAACAUUCCCUUCAGCCUAAAUCUAUUUGGCUUGAUGAGUAUUGGAGUAAAACAAUGUAAACGUUCACUAAAUGUAGAUACAAGUAGCAAUUCUCCAUCGAACGAAAAUACAGAUAGAAUAAGCAGUGCUACGUUAGAAAGGAUAUUGGACGUGUGCUCCCGCGCUCUAGAUACUUCGCGAAAUGUACCACAAAUUGCACCAACCACAUCUUUUAGUCCCAUCUCCACAAUUAAAAGGUCUGCGAGUACUGGACGCCUGCCUAGCUCGUCAGUAAAUAGUUAUGAUGCCCCCGAAUCCACGACAAGGAAAAGGACUAAGCCCUUAUUUAUGAUUGGUGGUGGUGACAGUCGUAAAUAAUCUAAAGACGUUAUUGGCUUGGCAAAUAUAAGGAACUGAAAAUUUAAAAGAAGGACUUGACACCCUGAAUACACUACUACCUACCAUGUAUCUACCUACUAUGUAUAACACUUGUUUAUUUAGUUUUAUAAAGUUGUUGAUUAAAAAAAAAAUUAAAAACUUAAGUAAAGUUUUCAACUUUAAGAAACUAUUCUAAGAAAUCUAAGUCAGAUUACGUUUUAUUGUUCAAUAACGUUCGAAAUAGACUUAAAAUAGUCGCUAAUCGUUUAAUGCUAAAAGUAAACUAAUUAUGUUGUGGUACAAAAUAAAAAGCUUAUUAUUAAUGUAGUAAUGUUUUCAGACUUGUAAUAAAUUAAGUGUCGUUUUAAUUUAAUCACAAAUGUCGAAAUUAGGUAGGUAAUAUAAAAAUCAACUUAGUAUCUUAUGUUUUUAAGUGUUUUUGUAUUGUAUAAUAUAAUGAAAUCUAAUCGCAUGUAUUCGUACUAACGUUCAUAAUUGUUUUCCAUUGUAGUUGCUGAUAUAAUCGAUAGCACAUCAAGAUUUUACAUUUACAUACAUACUCUCCUAUAACAACUACACGAGAUGCUAGUGUUUAGACUGAUGUACUGUUGAAGGUUUUUUAUUGACUGUCCUGCUGAAAUGCGUAGAGCUACUUGAAGGAUAGUACUAAAACUACUGCCUUAUUUGAAGGAAAAUAUCUGUGAUAUACUUUUACCAUAUUUAUAAUUAUUACUAAAAAAUUUCAAUAAAAGCUUUGAAUAAUAUGUUAAGUUUUAUUUCGUGAUGCCUUAGUUAGAAGUGUCACAAGAUCAAUUAAAAAUACAAUAAUAAUAAAUUGAAAUUUUCAGUUCAAAUACACUAAGCGUUAUUUAUAUAAAAUAAAUCAACUGACGUUGUUUCAAGCAAAUUCUAGUUACAAUUCAAAUACUUAUUUAGGUACAAUCUAUUCCGUUAUUGGUCAACAAACAUUCGCAACCUCAAUAAAUAACAGUGUAACAAAUCAAUAUACUUACAACUACAAACAUCACUCCAAAUUGGAUGAGCAAAAUACGGCUCUUGCAAUAUUCUCGCUCAUCCCGAGCCAAGCUAUGAAAAAAAUGACGCGAUCCUAUCAGGCUACCCUACAUCUACAGACGAAACUUAACCGCAUCAUGGACUAAUCCCUCUAUGCAGAUGUCAAUGCUUACAUAAUUGUUACAAGACCAACUUGCAGAACAACCAUAAAUUAACAUCAACAAAAAAAAAUGCAUUUUGGCAUUAUUUAUUUUAAGAAUAUUACGCGAAUAUUAAUCUUAACAGGCUCCCAUGUCCCUGUCCCUUUAAAAGUAUGAUGCGAUUAAUGGCUUAUCCAUUUGUACUAAUGGACAGGGAAAGUUUUGG